CGUGCUCUAAACUUUGCUACAACCGGAACUUGUUCAAUCAUAGCCAUUAAUUAACAACAAAUUAACCUCCAAAGUGUGACUGAAUUAACAACCUUGGCGUUUUCCUUCCACGUUUCAGGAACGGUUAUCGUAGAUAAAGACGAGACUAGUGAAGAAAUACCCAACAUCAUGUCCUCCAAGCAUUUGGCCAAAGGGUCAGUAGAACCCGCUAGAAAGGAAGGGCUCCUGCGCCUCUAUUCCAUGCAGUUUUGCCCAUACGCUCAGAGAUCCAGGCUGGUGCUGAGAGCCAAGGGGAUUCCGCAUGAUAUAGUCAAUAUCAAUCUCAUCCAGAAGCCGGAAUGGUAUUUUAAAAUACACCCAGAAGGAAAAGUGCCGGCGCUGCUCGAUGGAGACAAGGUGAUAGUUGAAAGCCUGGACAUUGGCGACUAUCUGGACGAAAAAUACCCGCAGACCCCCUUGUAUCCAGCCGAGCCAGCAUUGAAAGCCAAAGACAAAGAAAUUAUCCAGAAAAUCGGCCCAGCCACCACAGUAUUUUCAAAAUGCCUUUUCGGCAGCGAGGAAAGGUCAGCAGAGGAAUGGGUCAAGGCUCUUAUUGAGGCGUUGCAGCCUUUGGAGGACGAAUUGGCCACCCGAGGAACCACAGUGUUUGGAGGCGAUAAACCAAACAUGAUUGAUUACGCGCUGUGGCCAUGGGGUGAACGAGCGGGCGCCAUCGCCAUCAAAUUAGGGGCGAAACUGUCUCUAGGAGAUGGGCAAAUCCCUUUGUUGCGCAAAUGGAGAAAGGCGAUGCGUGAAGACCCAGUGGCUGCCGAGUUGUAUCAUGGUCCAGAAGUGUUUUGGAAAGUUGCCCAAUUCAAGCUGAAGAAUGUUGAGCCUGAUUAUGAUUCAGUUUUGACUUCAUAGAGGAACUACGUGAGCUGAUUUUUUCUAGUUCUACCAGCUAAAAAUCUUCGCUGCUAAGGCUUUAAAUACAUUAUUCUUAAAUGCUUAGGCCACGAAUCAAACCCGGUGUUCACUUAGGCGAUAGUAAUUCUUAAGCAUAAUGGAAAAGUGCACCCGAGCUCGCCAGUUACCCAAUAAAAGCUUUGAAGAAGCCAGAUUUUAAUUAAUCUGUCUUCCAAAGUUUCCAGUUUGA